UCCAUGGAGAAGGAGAAUCUGAUGGAGGAGGAGGAACAGAAGCGGUGGGAGGAGGAGGAGAAGGAGUUCAGGAGCUCCUGGGACUGUGCACGAGAGGUGCCCGUCAUUCAGGAUGAACAGAAACUGAGGAAGUCAGUGAGAUGUGUUCAAGUGCUGGUCACAGGACUCACCGGCAUCCUCAUGUUUGGACUGGCCUUUUUAAGCAAGACCUCGUUCCUGCUGCUGAUAACAAUAGCCAGUCCAGAUGCAGUCACCAUCUCAACAAAGCCCUACGCUCUACUCUUCAUUGGCGUGCUUCUGACGGCACCCAGCCUGUUAACCAUCUGCAAGGGCAUUUGGAAAAUCUCCUUCAAAGACUCCAAAACUCCAUCUAGAAAAACAUUGCUAUGGGUUAUCUCGGUCGACAUAUUUGUGGCAUCAGGCGCUGCGGUGCUUGCUCUGGUUGCGAUGCCCCAUUUUGACAUCCUAACAAACGUGAUGAUACUGAACAGCAUUGGCAUACUGUCAGCCAUCUUCCAAGCGAUCGUCCACUCAAAAAUGAGGGGUAGAAAGCGAUUUGUCGUCUUCUCCAUACUUGCAAUAGUCCUGCUCUUGGCAGGCUACGCCCUGUUCGCAAUAGGCUACAUCAAUGAAGCUGGCCAACGUCUCUCUGAGAGAGACACGGCACUCAUGAUUGGUCUGGCAAUCGCGUGUACCGUCUGUGUGUCGUUCAACUGGUGGGAAAACUACGCAAGUUGGUUCAACAUCUUGUUCUUCAAGACCAUCGCAGAAGAGGUGAAAAGGACGUCAAACAUCGUAGGGAUUCUCUCGAGCAUCACCCGAAUCGCCGUCACUGGAGCCGUGCUAGGGGCCUACGUCUACCUGUCUGGUCAAGAGUGGGAAUCUGUCCUGUCCAUCUCACAGAAAGACAAAGUCACCGUCUUGAGCCUGUUUGCCAUCCAGUUCAUCUCCUCUGCCCUGUGCCGCUGGUUUGCGGUCGUGGCGUGUAAAAUGCACGCCGUCCGCCGCAGCUUUGUUUACCCCAUGUGGUUCGUCUCGCCGGCAGUGCUGGCAGCGUUCGUGUUGUGCAUCUGGAUCCCGUAUCUCGAAGAGCACGACAACAUCGGCAGCAUCGCCCAAUUGCUAAACCACUCGUUCCCACUCUACUGCAACAUCAGCGUGUCUUUCUACAACUACUCUGACGUGCUCGACCCCUUCCUUCUAAAGGCUCCCGCCUUCGAUCUCAUGCGGGCCGAUAUCACCCACAGCCUCUGCAGGCGGCCUUCCUUCUACGAUGGAGACCUGUUCGGCCAAGGUCUCCUGGCGAGCUCAGUGAUCAGCUGGUGGCUAGGUCUGGUAAUGGGCACCAUGUACAUCAGCUUCAGCCGAACCAAGCGCAUCCAGAGGACGCGCGACCUGUUUGUGCGCAGUCUCUACGAGGCGCUGUUCAUCGACUCCUCGAUGCUCCUCAACACCAGGUUCGACGUGCCCAAGCUCAAGAGGGAUAUGAACAUCAAGGACACGGAGAAGAUGACCAUCUACUUGUGCGCUACCAUGUGGCAUGAAACCACAGAUGAGAUGAUGAAGAUGCUCAUAUCAAUGUUCCGGCUUGACAAAUUUAGGCCCAAGAGAAACAACUUCCAAGAUGUGAGUUUCGAGUCCCACAUUUACUUCGACGAUGCCUUCUUCAAAGAUGGGGAUCAACUAUGUGUAAACGAGUAUGCGGAAAAUCUUGCGGAAGUAGUCAGAGAAGUCUACAUGAUUUUCACUGAUGACGGGACUGGUAUAUUUCGGGAAACCAAACACAUCCCUACUCAGAAGAUAAUCCCAACUCCGUACGGUGGGCGGCUGCAGUACACUCUGCCCCAGGGCAACACGCUGAUCGUUCACUUCAAGGACAAAAACAAAAUCAGGCACAAGAAGAGAUGGUCUCAGAUAAUGUACCUCUACUAUCUACUGGGAUGGAGACUCCACAGGAGAUUCUACCAGAAGUUUCAGGAGAACAGCAUGGCGAGGAUGGCCAUCGAAGAGGAAAUGAAGAAAAUGAAAAAGAACACCUACCUGUUGGCUUUGGAUGGUGACACGGACUUCCAGCCCUCAGCUGUGAUGCUGCUGGUGGAUCGUCUCAGGAUGUACUCGGAGGUGGGGGCUGCCUGUGGGAGGAUCCAUCCUACUGGCACUGGUCCAAUGGUUUGGUACCAGAAGUUUGAGUAUGCGGUGGGCCACUGGCUGCAGAAGACGGCGGAGCACGUGUUUGGCUGUGUGCUCUGCAGCCCCGGCUGCUUCAGUCUUUUCCGAGCCGCCGCACUCAUGGACGACAACGUCAUGAAGAAGUACACCACCACUGCCUCCGAGGCUGGGCACUAUGUGCAGUACGAUCAAGGUGAGGACCGCUGGCUGUGCACUCUGCUGCUGCAGCAGGGCUGGAGGGUGGAGUACAACGCGGCGUCCGACUCCUACACCAACGCGCCGCAGGAGUUCAAGGAGUUCUACAACCAGCGGCGACGCUGGGGGCCCUCCACCAUGGCCAACACGCUGGACCUACUGGGCAGCGGCGAGCUGACGGUGAAGAAGAACAAGUCCAUCUCCACCCUCUUCAUCCUCUACCAGACCCUCACCAUGGGUGCCUCCAUCCUCGGGCCUGCCACCGUCUGCCUGAUGAUCGCAGGAGCCUUCGGGUUUGUCUUCGGCAUGUCCCCUAACUGGGCUCUGACGGCGGCUAUUGUGCCCCCGUCCAUCUACCUGAUCUUAUGCUACAAGCUGAAAUCCAACACCCAAAUCACCAUCGCCGCCAUCAUGAGUAUCUUCUAUGCAUUCCUGAUGACAGCCAGUAUCCUGUCAAUUAUUGGUGACAUGGUGCUAGAGGGCACCUUCAUGACGCCGAGCGGCCUGUUCUUCAUCGGCAUCGUCAGCAUGUACAUCGUGACGGCGCUGCUGCACCCCAGCGAGGGCCACCUCAUCAUCUACGGCCUCCUGUACGUGCUCUGCAUCCCCAGCGGAUACCUGCUGCUCGCCAUCUACUCCAUGGUCAACAUGAACAACGUCUCCUGGGGGACGCGCGAGACGGCCGCCCCCAAGCCAGCAGGGGGCGCCGGCCAGGCCACGCAGACGCGCACCGAGAAGAAUGUCAGGUGCGCCAGGAAGUGCAAGUGCUGCGGCUGGAACUAUGAGUUUGAGAUCAACGAGGACAAGCAAGUGACUGUGGUGGUGCCUAGCAACGCUGCGGCUAACGCUAUUGCUGCUACUGCUGACAAAUGCCAGGAGAAGGAGGAAGAGAUCGAGAGCUGCCAAGAUCCAGAAGAUCCAGACAGCCACUGGAUUUCACAACUGGUGAAAAAGUCUGGAGAACUGAAGCUUGCAACAUCAUAUCUCAGUAAUGAUGAAAUUACGUUUUGGGAGGGCCUUAAGAAGCGUUAUCUGAAACCUCUUGACGAAGACAAAGAACAGAAGAAGAAAAUUGAAGCAGAACUUAAAGACUUAAGAAACAAGGCCACCUUCGUCUUCUUCAUCUGCAACGCGCUCUGGCUGGUGGCCACGUUCUUCCUUCAGGAGAUCGGAGGGGCCGUCAGCAUCCAGAUUCCCAAGCUGUACGCCAAUGGCACCAUAGACCCCAACGGCAAGAUCUUCAUCGAUCCCAUUGGCCUCAUGUUCGUCAUUGGCUUUGCAUUCCUGCUGGUGAUUCAGUUUUUCGCCAUGCUCUGGCACAGACUUCAAACUCUGAUCCACUACAUUGCAUACCAAGACACCGAGUCCACAGUCAUAAAAAACAACUUGAAGAGGUCACAUGAGGCUCUAAACAAAAUGAAUGAAAAGAACAUGAAGCAGUUCCUCUGACAAACCUAUGAAAUGGACAAUCUCAACAACAACAAAAAUGGAAAAAUUAACACAAGAUUGGAAAAUUCACCUGAACCAUCAUUUGACCAAACUACUAAAUCUCACUUUUUCAGUAGGCAACAUUCUUAAUUUUUUAUAUAUUAUUUGGUCACUGCUUUUAACAGAAAAAAAUAUGUGUAACCAUAAUGCUCAUGUCAUGUUCUAUCUUUAAAAUUAUAUAUGUACACCACUGUGUUUCAUGGUUUAUGUUUCCGAAGUGGGCUUUCCAAAUGGACAGUACAGUGUUUAAGUAAAUUAUCUCAGGUACAACAAUGUGACAGCGAUAACUAUGAUGUAGCGAUAACUUCUAUGAUGUAAUUAUCUACUUUUCGAUUUAGAAUUAUUGUCUAAUUUGAUUUUGUUGUUAUUUGAUGUUGUCUUCCUCUCUUCUCAUUGUUGACACGAGACUCGCACUUUAUUGUAAUGCACUAUUUUAUUUAAUUUUUUAAAGGUAUUUUUUUUACAGGCUUUUGUGCCUUUAUUGAUAAGAAAGUGGAGAUUAUGACAGGAAGUGAAUGUUGGGGGAGAUAUGGGGAAGGGUUGGGACAUGACCCAGGCCAGAGUCAAACCUGAGUCCCCAUGGGCAUGCAAGCCCAUAUGAAGGGGGGCUUUGCGCACAGUGCCACAGCACCCCCCUGUAAUGCACUACAUAUAUUUCCAGUUGAAAAGAUAGGCUUUGUAUCAUCCUUUGAUGUUUUCGAUGUUGUAUUAUUAAAGAUAUAAUAAAAU